AGAGCUGCUAAAAGGAGCCUCCAUGUGCCAAAGGAAAACAGUUUGCUUUUUGCUGCGUUUUUGUUCACGUAGUGCUUGCUGUGCCUGUUUUUUGCUGCAGCUCCCAGCACCACGUCCCUGUCGGCGCUGCGCUGAUGCUGCAUCCACGUGCCGGUGGUGCCAAGCGGUGCCGUGGCAGCGCACGCCGUGUGCCUUGGCCCCUGUGGCUUUGUCCUGCUCUCUAUCUCAACCCCACGGGGGCUCACCUGGCUGGCUGCAAGUGCCCGCAGUGCAGAAGAGCACAGACCUGACGAGCACAGUUGGCUAUGACAGCAUCAUUCAACAUUUGAACGACGGCAGGAAGAACUGCAAAGAGUUUGAAGACUUUUUGAAGGAAAGAGCGAUUAUAGAAGAAAAAUAUGGCAAAGAGCUCAUUAACUUGUCGAAGAAGAAGCCCUGUGGGCAGACGGAGCUGAACACCCUGAAGAGAUCCCUGGAUGUUUUCAAGCAACAGAUAGACAAUGUGGGACAAGGUCACAUCCAGCUGGCGCAAACCCUUCGGGAGGAAGCCAAGAAAAUGGAGGAAUUCAGGGAGAAGCAAAAGCUGCAUCGGAAGAAGAUAGAGCUCAUAAUGGAGGCGAUCCACAAGAACAGGAAUUUGCAGUACAAGAAGACCAUGGAGGCCAAGCGGCUCUACGAGCAGCGCUGCAGGGAUAAAGAUGAAGCGGAACAGGCGGUGCACCGCAACGCCAACCUGGUCACGCAGAAGCAGCAGGAGAAGCUCUUCCUGAAGUUGGCUCAGACGAAAUCGGCCCUGGAGGAUUCAGACAGGAGUUACCAGCAGAGUAUUACUGCACUGGAGAAGAUCAGGGAAGAAUGGAUGAAAGAGCACAUCAAGGCUUGCGAGUUCUUCGAGACGCAGGAGUGCGAGCGCAUCCGCUACUUCCGCAGUGCCCUCUGGCUCCAUGUCAACCAGCUCUCCCAGGGCUGCGUCCAGAACGACGAGAAAUACGAGGAAAUCCGCAAGAGUUUAGAAAUGUGCAGCAUUGAGAAGGAUAUCGAUUUUUUUGUAAAUUUGCGCAAAACUGGAAGUUCGGCCCCAGCUCCUGUUGUUUAUGAAAACUACUACAACACACAGAGAAACGCGACUCCUGUGAGAAGUCCGGUUUCCGUACCUAUAUCACGGAGGGCGCCUCCACCCACCCCAACCAGUGGGCCAGGUGAUCCUGAUUAUGCCACAAUUGACGGCUACAGCUUGAUACACCGCUAAUAGCCACAGUUCUCCAGGCAGAAGAUACUGUCAGUCUGGCCAGCGCGGCAGAGUCGGUGUUUUCAGUUAUUCUCAGCAGCACAGAGCUGCAGUGCUUCUUCAUUUUAAGAAAGUAUUUGGGGACUCUGAUAAUUAUUUGUGCAUUCAGAAAGCACCUACUGAAAAUCUGUUCCUUCGAUAAGCAAACUCCUUGGACAUAUAUUCCAUUUUCACGCUCAGGGGAAGAAAAAGAAUAUAAGCAAUGGAACUGGACACAGGGUCUUCUGCAUUGGAAGAAGUUUUUGAUUUGAAGUUCUUCCUGUGUGCAGCCAUCUGGGAGAGCCUGGAGCCUUCUGCUCUCCAAAUAACUAAAAAACACAUGUGCAUUGCAAAGCUUUGGGCAUGCUGGCUUGUGUUCAGAGCUAAGGGUACACUUUGGCCUGUUUCUGAAGUCUUUUAUUAACGGUGAUUAAGCUUGUAAUUUGGA